AAGGGCAUCCGCGUCACCGUCCGCAACCUGACCUACACCGUCCAGUCGUUCCGCGAUAAGAAGGAGACGGCGGUUCUACUGAGCGACGUCUCGGGGAUGUUCAAUCCGGGGGAGAUGACGGCGCUGCUCGGUCCGUCGGGCAGUGGGAAGACGACGUUCUUGGACCUCGUCUCGGGCCGCAAGACGGUUGGCGAGAUUGACGGAGCCAUCCACUUCGGCGGCAAGGCCCCAACCACGCGGUUCCUCCGCAGGCACACGGGCUACGUCGAGCAGUUCGACACCCUCAUCUCCGCGUUGACCGUGCACGAGAUGCUCAUGUACACCGCCGAGCUCAAGCGACCCCUCGAGGAGAGCGCCGAGUCGAAGGAAGCCGCCUGCGAGAAACUGCUCCACGACCUCGGCCUCGCGGGAGCCAGGGACGUCCUCGUCGGUUCCGAGAUGGUCAAGGGAAUCUCCGGCGGGCAGGCCAAGCGACUGAACAUCGCCAUCGCGCUCAUCACCGACCCGAGCGUCCUGUUCCUCGACGAGCCCACGUCGGGGUUGGACUCGUUCACCGCCAACGAGGUCAUGUCCGUCGUCAAGACGCUCAACACCGACGACGUGACCAUCAUCGCGACGAUCCACUCGCCCACCGCCUACGCCUUUUCCCUCUUCGACUCCGCCAUGAUUUUAUGCAGCGGAAAGCAGGUGUACUUCGGCCCGAACGGCCCUGAACUCGUGACGUACGCCCUGGACGCGCUGCCCGGGGUGGAGAAGAAGUCGCCGGGUAACAGCGACAUCGAGUGGCUCAUCGACGUCUUCACCCGAGCGGAUAGGGACGGAAUCGCGGAUAAUUUCGCCGAGGUGUACAAACACUCGGACCUGAAGGCCCGCAUGGACGCGGCGCUCGACGACGUGGACAAGAUCGCCGCGAACCCGGAUACGGAGGCGUCGAGGAAGCUGCAGGUGGACUCGUCCACGACCGUUCCCUUCGCUCACGCGUUGUGGACGAUGAUGAAGUUCCGAACUCGCAAAAACUACAAAGACGGAGAAUACCUCGGCCCGCGUCUGGGCGAGAAGGUCUUCCUCUCGUUCCUCAUCUUCACGCUGUACUGGGGCAUCGGCGACGACCACAAUCCCGACAACGUCGUCAACGUCUCCUCGGCGUUGUUCAUGUGGACCACGCUGCCCGCGUUUGGAGCCGCCGCGUACGUGCCGCAGAUUGUCAUGGAGCGCCGGCUGUUCAUGCGAGAACGAGCGGAUGGGCUGUACCGGCCGAUGGCCUACCUGGUGUUCAAGAUGCUGGACGAGAUGUUCUUACUGCUGCCGGUCACGUUGGUGCUCGGCGCGGUGGUGUUUUACGCCAUGAGCCUCAGCGGAUCCUUCGUCCUCUUCUGGCUCGUGUACUACUUCACCCUCGGAAACGGCGUGGUGCUGGCGUACCUGGUGUCGGCGGUGUCUCCCAACAUGGAAGCCGCCAACGCCAUUCUGCCCACCUACGUCGUCACCCUCCUCUUCUUCGCCGGGUGGCUCAUCAGACGGGACGAUAUCCCGGCGUACUGGUCGUGGUACUACUACAUCGAUUUAAUGCGCUAUUCGUUCGGUAGUCUCAUGAUCAACCAGUGGGAGGACAACGACCCAGAUUGGGCGGGUGGUCAGACG